CAGCUCGGGGACUCUCCGAGGAUGGCUUGAAUUCUUUGGUCCUUGAUCUGGAUUAUCCAGCGCUGAGGAAGAACAAGAACAUUGAUAAUUUCUUAAAUAGAUAUGAGAAGAUUGUGGAAAAAAUCCGAGCUUUACAAAUGAAAGCUGAAGACUAUGAUGUUGUUAAGGUGAUUGGAAGAGGGGCUUUUGGAGAAGUGCAGCUGGUUCGCCAUAAAAUGACACAGAAGGUUUAUGCAAUGAAGCUACUUAGUAAAUUUGAAAUGAUCAAGCGAUCAGAUUCAGCCUUUUUCUGGGAAGAAAGAGAUAUCAUGGCCUUUGCCAACAGUCCGUGGGUGGUUCAGCUAUUUUGUGCCUUUCAAGAUGACAAAUACUUGUACAUGGUAAUGGAAUACAUGCCAGGUGGAGAUCUUGUAAACCUUAUGAGCAAUUACGAUGUGCCUGAGAAAUGGGCCAAGUUCUAUACAGCUGAAGUUGUUCUUGCUCUUGAUGCAAUUCACUCCAUGGGCUUGAUACACAGAGAUGUGAAGCCUGACAAUAUGCUUUUAGAUAAAUAUGGGCAUCUGAAGUUGGCAGAUUUUGGCACUUGCAUGAAAAUGGAUGAAACAGGUAUGGUGCGCUGCGAUACAGCUGUGGGAACCCCCGACUACAUAUCGCCCGAAGUUUUGAAAUCGCAAGGGGGUGAUGGUUAUUAUGGACGGGAAUGUGACUGGUGGUCUGUAGGAGUUUUCCUUUUCGAGAUGCUAGUUGGUGAUACUCCUUUUUAUGCAGACUCACUAGUAGGAACAUACAGUAAAAUUAUGGAUCAUAAGAACUCGUUAAAUUUCCCAGAUGAUGUGGAAAUCUCUAAGCAUGCUAAGAACCUUAUCUGUGCCUUUUUAACUGAUAGGGAUGUACGGCUUGGGAGAAAUGGGGUAGAAGAAAUAAAGCUUCACCCUUUCUUCAAGAGUGAUCAGUGGAACUGGGACAACAUUCGAGAGACUGCUGCUCCUGUUGUUCCUGAGCUUAGCAGUGAUAUAGAUAGCAGUAAUUUUGAUGACAUUGAGGACGACAAGGGAGACGUGGAAACCUUUCCAAUCCCCAAAGCCUUCGUGGGAAACCAGCUGCCUUUUAUAGGAUUUACCUACUAUAGAGACAAUUUGUUGCUAAGUGACUCCUCUCAGUCUUGCAGAGAAAAUGAAUCCGUGCAAUCUAGUAAAAAUGAGGACAGCAAGGAUUUUCAGAAAAAACUAAGCAAGCUAGAAGAACAGCUCAGUAACGAAUUACAAGCCAAAGAUGAACUAGAACAGAAGUACAGGUCUACUAAUACUCGUUUAGAGAAGAUAGUGAAAGAGCUAGAUGAAGAGAUAACUUCAAGGAAGAAUGUAGAGUCUGCAGUCAGACAGUUAGAAAGAGAGAAGGCUCUUCUUCAGCAUAAGAAUACAGAAUAUCAGAGGAGAGCAGAACAUGAAGCAGAUAAAAAACGCAAUUUGGAAAAUGAGGUUAACAGUUUGAAAGACCAGCUUGAAGAUUUAAAGAAGAGGAAUCAGAACUCUCAAAUAUCCAAUGAGAAAAUCAAUCAACUACAAAGACAGUUGGAUGAAGCCAAUUCUUUGCUGCGGUCAGAGUCUGAUACUGCAGCCAGGUUAAGGAAGAACCAGACAGAAAGUACGAAGCAAAUCCAGCAGCUGGAAGCUAAUAAUCGAGAACUACAAGAUAAGAACUGCCUCCUAGAGAAUGCUAAACUCAAACUGGAGAAGGACUUUCUCAAUCUUCAGUCAGCUCUAGAAUCAGAAAGGAGAGAUAGAAGUCAUGGAUCAGAGAUUAUCAGUGAUUUACAAGGUACAUUGCCCAGCCUCACUGAUGUUUUGGCCAUUUUUAGGUCUGCAUUAGCUAAACUAGAAGUGGAGAAGAGACGAUUGCAGGAAAAACUUACGGAUUUAGAGAAGGAAAAGAGCAACAUGGAAAUAGAUAUGACAUAUAAAUUCAAAGUUAUGCAGCAGAACCUUGAACAAGAAGAAGCUGAACAUAAAGCCACAAAAGCACGAUUAGCAGACAAAAAUAAGAUCUAUGAGUCUAUAGAGGAAGCAAAAUCUGAAGCCAUGAAAGAAAUGGAGAAGAAACUUCUGGAAGAGAGAGCUUUGAAGCAAAAAGUAGAAAAUCGGUUGUUGGAAGCUGAAAAACAGCGCUCCAUGUUGGACUGUGAUCUCAAACAAUCGCAACAGAAAAUCAAUGAGCUCCUUAGGCAAAAGGAUAUACUAAAUGAAGAUGUAAAAAACCUGACAUUAAAAAUAGAGCAAGAAACACAAAAGCGUUGUCUCACUCAGAAUGACCUCAAGAUGCAAACACAACAAGUCAACACCUUGAAAAUGUCAGAGAAGCAGUUAAAACAGGAGAAUAACCAUCUUCAGGAAAUCAAAUUAAGUCUGGAAAAACAAAAUAACGAACUCCGCAAGGAACGUCAAGAAGCAGAUGGACAAAUGAAAGAGCUUCAAGACCAACUUGAAGCUGAACAGUAUUUCUCGACUCUGUACAAGACGCAAGUUCGAGAACUUAAAGAAGAAUGUGAGGAAAAGACCAAACUUUGUAAAGAAAUGCAGCAAAAGAUACAAGAGUUACAGGAUGAGAGAGAUUCCUUGGCUGCUCAGCUAGAGAUUACUUUGACAAAAGCAGAUUCAGAACAACUUGCACGUUCCAUUGCUGAAGAACAGUACUCUGAUUUGGAAAAAGAGAAGAUUAUGAAAGAGCUGGAGAUUAAAGAGAUGAUGGCUAGGCAUAAACAGGAACUUACUGAGAAAGAUGCCACCAUAGCCUCUUUGGAGGAAGCAAAUAGGACACUAACUAGCGAUGUGGCUAAUCUUGCUAAUGAGAAAGAAGAACUAAACAAUAAACUGAAGGAAGUACAAGAACAAAUUACAAAGCUAAAAGAAGAAGAAGCAAAUGUAGGAAAUAUUAAAGCACAGUUUGAGAAACAAUUGUUGAAUGAAAGAACAUUGAAAACCCAGGCUGUGAAUAAAUUGGCUGAGAUCAUGAAUCGGAAGGGUCCAGUCAAACGUGGAGCUGACACUGAUGUACGGCGGAAGGAAAAGGAAAAUAGGAAACUGCAUAUGGAACUGAAGUCUGAACGAGAAAAGUUAACCCAAAUGAUGAUCAAAUAUCAGAAGGAAAUCAAUGAAAUGCAGGCACAAAUAGCAGAAGAGAGUCAGAUACGGAUUGAACUCCAAAUGACUCUGGACAGCAAAGACAGUGACAUUGAACAGCUUCGUUCACAGCUACAGUCGUUACACAUUGGUCUAGACAACAGUAGUAUAGGCAGCGGACCUGGAGAUGCCGAGGCAGAUGAUGGAUUCCCUGAAUCAAGAUUGGAAGGCUGGCUAUCACUGCCUGUUAGAAAUAACACUAAAAAAUUUGGAUGGGUUAAAAAGUAUGUAAUUGUAAGCAGUAAGAAGAUCCUGUUCUAUGACAGUGAACAAGAUAAAGAACAAUCUAAUCCCUAUAUGGUAUUAGAUAUAGACAAACUCUUCCAUGUCCGACCAGUCACUCAGACUGAUGUGUACAGAGCAGACUCCAAGGAAAUUCCUAGGAUAUUCCAGAUUCUAUAUGACAAUGAAGGAGAGAGCAAAAAGGAACAGGAAUUUCCCGUGGAGCCUAUGGGAGAGAAGUCAAAUUACAUUUGUCACAAAGGACAUGAGUUUAUACCUACUCUUUAUCACUUUCCAACCAAUUGUGAGGCUUGUAUGAAGCCACUGUGGCAUAUGUUUAAACCUCCUCCUGCUCUAGAAUGUCGCCGUUGCCAUAUCAAAUGUCACAAAGAUCACAUGGAUAAAAAAGAAGAGAUUAUAGCACCUUGCAAAGUGAACUAUGAUAUUUCAACGGCAAAGAAUCUACUACUGUUAGCUAAUUCUACGGAAGAACAGCAAAAAUGGGUGAGCCGACUGGUCAAAAAAAUACCCAAGAAGCCUCCAGCACCAGACCCCUUUGCUCGAUCUUCUCCCAGAACUUCUAUGAAGGUACAGCCAAACCAGUCCAUCAGGCGACCAAGUCGACAGCUUCCUCCAAACAAACCAAGAUUACUUGAUCUGGCAUUUAAGGACUGGGAUUGGUCAUUUGAUGAUGUUGAUGAUAUUGAUGGUGAUGAUGAUGAUGAUGAUGACGAUGUUUUUGAUUUCUGAAGAAGUAUAAGGGGUAAAUCUAAACAGCGAGGAAUGGAUUUGUUUGCCUUUGAAUACAGCAUGCUCUGUUGGAUUUUGUUUCUCAAAGCAGAGAAAACACAAGAUCUCAUUUUAAUAUUUUAAACAGUAAAAAUGAGAUGUUGUUCAUGAUGUUGAUGAAUUUUUAGAGGAGUCAUUUUCAUUAAAACGAUGUUGUUGCCUUUGUCAGUGUUUUUAUUUUUCUAAUUUUAGAUCUUUAUUCAAAAUUCAUGUCUGCCUGCCCAAAAAGAAAGUAUCUCCCAUUGACAGAGUAGUUGCUCAUCUAUAGUGCUAAUACUGCUAACCUCUGCAGAUAACUUCUGAAGGCUAAAAGGGAGAUUGUAGCAGUUGGAUAUUUAGCUGAAACACAAUUGGUAUUUACAAAUACUUUUUCAUUUCUAAGCUUUUAACGUAAACUGACUGGUCUAUGGCUAGCAGACAUGAAAUCAUCAGAGUUCUGCAUUUUGCUUUUCGACCUGUGUUAUGAAGUGAAUUUGACUUUGCUUUCCUUUGCAGUGCUGUGCUUUUUGGGUACCUAACUGUGCAUUUGAAAAUCACGUAAACAAAUGGGCUUUGCGGCUUCUGUGAUACGGUUUCCUUGACUGCUUUAGAAAAGAUACGGCCGUUUUACUGAUCUAAUUUGUCCCGUGGCUUACUGAAAUAUGCUGUGAACGUACUGGAAACAGUGAUAACUGUUUUAUAGUUCUCAAUGUUUAAUCAUUUUACAUGUUGAUGCAAUGUUAUGUUUACACAGGAAAAAAAAAUCCUAAAUGUUAAAUUCCUAAGAAUUCUUUUAAAUAGUACGUAAGGUGUGACAGCAGCACCAGGGCUGUACCUCAGCUGUGUACUCAGUUAAGUGAGAUACCAGCUCUUGUAGAGUUUAACUGGCUUAGUGUUUACAGUAACAAGCAUUACAUUAAUUAAAUAUACUGCAUCUUUAUGUAUUAAAAGCUUAAAAAUUACUAAUCUUUUAGAAAUGACUAUUGCAUUGUGCCUGUCAUACUUUACCCUCAUAUAUUACACGGGGGUGUAAUUGAUUUGGGAUCAUCAUGCGUAAGGAUGUGCUAUACUUAAGUAACGAUGCUGUUGGUGCAGAGGAGUGACGUUCCUCCCAAGUAUUCUUAAAUGAAGACUUUGAGGAAGUAUAUUUUUUGUCAGAUUUAUGUUCAUUGCAUUUACUGACCAAACUUCCUGCUU